AGAGCUGGAGCGGGACCAAGAAUGAGCAGAGCUGGGUGAUCUUCAAGGUCCCUUCCAGCCUAAGUCACUCUAUGAUUCUAUGACCCAAUCCUCCAUGGACUUUGAAGGCUUUUGGGUCAGGCCCUGCAGGAAUCCUGUUUCUCACAUAAGGUGGGGUAGGCCCAGAGGCAGGGCCAGACCUUCUCUGGCUUCAGUGCAGAGUGCUGCAAGAGUGAAGUCUUUGAGUUGGUGAGCAGCAAAAGAAACUUUAAACAGUGGGGACUGGGAGGUGAGAGAAGGGAUUCCCCAGAGCUUGUGGUGCAGAGGAUAUUUGUAGGGGUGGGUAAGGAUGAGGUGGGGAUUUAGCUUGAGUAAAAAUCUGUGAUUUAGGUUAUGCGGUGGGUGAAUUUUGUCUUUUCAGACGGAACUAAACUCAGGGUGCCUGCUAUUGCCACCUAAAGCAUUUUAAAUGGGAGCUGGGGAAGGCCUGGGGACUGCAGUGCCCUUCUAAGGGCUGUUCCCAUCCUGUGUGUCUGGUUUGCACCUGUAGCUUCCUUACAAGCCAAGGUUAAAGGCUUGGCCAAAGGUGGUGUGAUUUUAGGGUUAUGGUGGGCACCAAGUUGGGCAGCAGGGUGUACAAGCUUGCUUCUGUCCACCUUUGGUCCCUGAGCCCCCCAGCUCCAUCUCUGCUGUGCCAUGGCUGGUGGCAGUGGUGCUGGGGGCCGGAGGCUGGCUCUGUAAUAGAUCCUCACCAGGUGGUUACCGUUUAGAGGCUUUGAUCUCCUGCUGCUUGAUUUUUUUCCAAGCCCUCGAUUGAAUUUCUCUCAUGUAACCGAGCUCCACCGAUAUAUUCUGGCCAUAUAUAAUGGAUGGAGGUUGAGUGAGGAAACAAAAACAGUGCAGAAUAUCGGGAGCAGCCAUGCGGGUCCUGCGGCCAGACCCCCUCCCUGCCACUGCCCCACAGCUGCGUGCAGUUGGGCACAGGGUGCCUGCACCCACAUCCAGCCCUGACCCGGCGUUGGAUUGUGCAUCCCUUGACCUGGAGGUUGGUGCAGUGGAUGCAUCAGGACGGUGGGUGCCAGGCUCCAUCCCUCCUCCAUCACAUCAUCCUAUUGCUCCUAAAACCCAUGGAGGCUGUGCCAGCGCCGCUGUAUCAGCCCCAUCUUUGGCUUCUGCAAGGCGGGCGGUGAGCCGGCGGCUGAUGCCGGCCAGCGCAUUUGCUUCACUAAUGAGGCUCCUUCUUUUCAAGGGCUUUGAGAUAACAACCCGCGGUGUGAGCAGCAGCACUGGGAUCCAGUUGCUUGUUUUUUGCCCAGGACAGGGUGCAGGCAGCACAGCGCUCCCGGCUUCAUGUUCCUGGGGGGCUGCCGUGCUCCCUAUUCUCCCUGGCUCUGUGCAGGUGAGAAGCACCACGCUCUGCUGGAGGGGCACCCUGUGAUGAGCCUACACCACUGAGCCCCAUCUCCUGCUGCAGCCCUGCGAGCAUUGCCUGUGGCAACGAGCCCCGAGGGCUGACGGUGAAGGUGUCCGCUUGCAGUCGCUGUGCCCAGGAGCAGAGCGCCCAGCUGGGGCCAUGCUGCAGUGUGGGCUGCGGGAGCUGCAGGUCCUCCCUGCAGGCGGAUAGACGCCAGGAGUGCGGGGCUGUGUCAGCUCACAGCUUUUCCUGGUUCUCCUCAUCUAGCUGUAAGUGCUUGGUCUAGGAUAAAUGUCUGAAUGCAUUUCCCCGCCUUCACUCCUGUGCUGGUUCUGCAGUCCCACGCAGCGGAGCAGGGAUGCAGACCCCUCUCCCAUCCCGCACCACGUCCCCGUGCCCCCGUCCCUGCAGGGACACAGACCCGAGGGUGAUGCAGCCCAGCGAACCACCGCUGCCCCAGCUGAAGCUCCGCAGACCCGUGCAGCGGGGCAGGAUCCCGGCGCCCUUCAUGGACCCGGUACGUCACCGCACCGCUCCGCCAUCCUGCGCUCGUGUCCCUGCCCUUCCCCUUUGCUCCAGGCAGGCCCGAGGGAACCGUGCUGCUGCACAGGGCACGGCGGUGGAGCCGGCAGCACCCUGGAAAGACCCGCACAGCACUGCUGCAGUGGACCCUCUGGACGUGGAUGCGUUGGUGCCCACGCAUGACGAGCGGGGCCGCGCCAUCCCUGAGUGGAAGCGGCAGGUGAUGGUGCGGCGGCUGCGGGCACGGCUGGCGGAUGAGGUGCCCGCGUGUGACCAGGAGAUGGGCGCCUGGCGCUUCUCGCCGUCCCACGAGGCCGUGCUGGGCCCAUUCGGUGAGCUGCUGACCGAGGCCGACCUACAGCAGCUGGAGCGGGCGGUGGAGAGCCUGCGGCUGCGGCGACAAGGAGAGGCCUACCAGGGCGAGCUGCAGCGCCUGACACAAGAGCUGCGAGCCUUGCUGCCCUCCCCUCUGCUCAGCAUCACCGUCCACAGCCCUCCUCCCGCCCCGGGGCAGCCCUUGCCACACUGGUGCAGCCACCUGGCUGGCGUGGUGGGCAGCCUGGAAGCGCUGUUGGCCAACGCCGAGGGGGCUCGUGGCAGCCCCACGCCCGCCCUGCCGCCCGCACCGCUCCCCGCAGCCCCGAAGACGCCGUCGGGCAGCGUGGCACAGCGGGAGAUCCGGCAGUGCGGGGUGAGCGUGAGCAGCCUGCGCGGGGCCUUCGAGCGGCACGGCGGCGGGGAGAGCGAGGCUGCAGCGGUGGUGGAGGCCGCCAGCGACUCGGGGAUCAGCUGCGAAGAAGCGCCGUCGGAGGGCAGCGGCUCACCGGUGCCGGAGUCGGCCGGGCUGCGCAAGGAGCGCAUCGUGCUGCUCUUCCUCAGCCAUUGGAAGCGCUCGGCCGGAGGCCUCAACGCGUGGGCUGCGGCCUGCCGGGCGCUGCAGGCCCGCAGGGAGAGAGCGGGCGCUCCCGGCCAGGAGCAGGAGGGCAGGAGGGGCCGCCUGUCGCGGCAGUGCAGCGCCAUCCAGCAGCUCCUGGGCAGCUGGAGGGACGUGGCCGCCCGCCCCCCGCCGCCGCUGCCCCCCUCUGCGGGCAGCCCCCGCGCCCCGCUGUCCCCCGAGCAGUUCGUGCGGCGCGCAGACGGGACGCCGGCCGACUACGACAGCCUGACGCUGGAGCUCUUCAUGCUGGGCUACUUCCGCAUCCUGGAGCGGGAGCUGCCCCCCGAGGAGCGCCGCGGCCGCCACCUGCUCUGCUUCGAGGUGUUCGACCACCUGGGCCGGCACGGCUGGGACACCGCGCGCGCCUUCCACCGCGCCGUCACCGACGAGAUCGCGGCCGGCCGGCGGGGCUGGGGGGACGGCUUCGAGGACAUCAAGGAGCGCUUCUUCGGCACCGCCAAGGGCUCGGCCUGGAGGGCGGGGGGCGCGGGGGGCAGCCCCCCACAGAGCGCGUCCCGCCACGGCCGCAGCAGCCAGGAGGAGAUCUGCAGGUGCAUCGACCGCAGCUUCGCCUUCUGGAAGGAGAAGGAGGCCGAGAUCUUCAGCUUCGAGGAGUGAUACCUCGCAACACCCAAGGGGCCCUCAAUAAAAGCCUUCCAGUUCUGUCUCGAAAUAAACUCGAGAUGUUUUGGGGUGACGGGGAAUGCCCUGCUGAGUGCCCCGGUGCCGUGGAGGCCCGGCUGUGCUGUGUCUGCUGCCACCCGCUGUGCUCGACCUCGGGGCUGAGAUAUGAGCCUAUAUUUAACGGCCGGCCCCAGGCAGGGGAAUGGGACCCGGCGAUGUGCUUGAGCAGCCCCACGGUCUCGUCCCCUCCUGGGCACACACAGCAGCGCGGCGCUCCCAGUACCCCAGCGGGGUGAUUUCCCCC